CUUGUGUGUCGUCAAACCGCUGAUCCUGCAAGCUAACUAGCUCAGUCGUAGAGCAACCGACGAAGGAAAUCGUCGGUUGCUAACCAGACACGUUGACAGCUAGCAGGCUACCACAGCAGAACUACGUGGUCUCAACCCUGCACUGCUGUCGCCGUUCUAUCAAGCAAAUCUCUCAUGUCAACGACACUCUUCACAAAGUGGUCCCUAUUGCUAUGAGGAUCUCUAGAGCCCAGCUGUAAGCCUGAGCCAUGAACUCAGUGUCUCCCAGUGCAGUUCAGUAUGUGGGGGGAGUAGGAGUGGUGGGUCAGGAUGACACCCUCCAGAGAGAGGAGACCAAGAGGCCACAGCAGCCCCAGCUGGUGGACCCUGGCGGAGGAUGUAGCUUUGGGAACCGGCAGGGUACUGAUGUCGGUGGGGGUGGAACCAGGGAGGCCACCACCGCCGGAGAGCCAGACGAGGUUGACAAACUCAAGACCAAGCUGAUGUCGGCGUGGAAUAACGUCAAAUACGGCUGGUCGGUGAAGUCGAAGACCACAUUCAACAAGAGCUCUCCGGUGACUGUAAUGGGCCACUCCUAUCUGCUCAAUAGUGAAGAUGCGGUGGAGUGGUUCAGGCGGGCGUUCGUGUCUCGGCUGUGGCUGACCUACCGUAGGGAGUUCCCCCAGCUGGAGGGCUCCACCCUGACUACAGACUGUGGCUGGGGCUGUAUGCUGCGGAGCGGACAGAUGCUGCUGGCCCAGGGCCUACUGGUACAUCUGAUGCCACCAGACUGGUCGUGGCCAGACGUCCAGCAGUUCGCCGACGUGGACUUUGAGGCUCUGAGACCCCGCUCCCCAUCCCGCGCUGGGGGCGUACCCAUCCCCUCCUUCGGCUACUCCUCCUCCUCGCGGACCCCCACCACGCCCCAGAAGACCUCCAUGCCAGGGGUCACGGCUCUCAACCAUAACCAGAAGAAGAGGCCUGAGUCGGGCAGGGACAGGCAGGCUGAGCCCCUCCACCGGAGGAUUGUAGCCUGGUUUGGGGACGAGCCCCCGGCCCCGUUUGGGGUGCACCAGCUGGUAGAAUUGGGGAAGAGCUCGGGGAAGAAGGCAGGGGACUGGUACGGCCCCUCAGUAGUGGCACACAUACUACGAAAAGCAGUGGCCAAGACUUCUGAGGUUCACAACCUGGCUGUAUAUGUAGCGCAGGACUGUACCGUGUACAAAAAGGACGUGGUGCAUCUGUGUGACCAGUCGUUGAACCAGAGUAUUUUGGAUCCUGAGGCCAGUGGUCCAGGCUGGAAGUCUGUCAUCAUACUGGUUCCAGUCCGACUAGGAGGAGACUCUCUCAACCCCUCCUACAUCCAGUGUGUCAGGAACAUUCUCAGGUUAGAAUGCUGUAUCGGAAUCAUCGGCGGCAAACCCAAGCAUUCGCUGUUCUUUAUCGGCUGCCAAGAUGAGCAGCUGCUGUAUCUGGACCCUCACUACUGUCAGGCCGUGGUGGACGUCACUCAAGACAAUUUCCCACUGGAGUCGUUCCACUGUAGCUCACCCAGGAAGAUGCCUUUCAGUCGCAUGGACCCCAGCUGUACUAUAGGCUUCUACGCCAAGAACAAGAAGGACUUUGAGUCUCUGUGUUCCGCCGUCUGUGUGGCCCUAUCGUCGUCCGACGAGAAGUACCCCAUCUUUACCUUCGUGGAGGGCCAGGCCCAGGACUAUGGACUGGUGGGCCACAGCUCCUCCCAUGGCACCGCCCACAUCCUGCCCCAAGGCAAGCUCAGCAGGAGCAACAACAUAGGCAGCUCUGACGAAUUUGUCUUCCUGUGAGUACUGGGUUGUGUACCUGAGGAACAGAAUGUAAGCAAAUGGGCCAGAACAGGGAAAGACUACCUGAGUUAGAAUUUUGGGAUGGAUUCGGUUUCCCUGUUUUAUAGUGGAUAUAUGCUUUCUGCUGUAUCACAAACUCUGGCAUUUGUACCCGUCAUAUUCGAGGCGAGGCUUCAACUGAAUCUCACUAUCGGUCUGUCUCUGUCUGGGCAGAAACGGGUCUUAUAAACUAACGCUAGACAUUACUAAGUUAGACUGUUGCCCAAUCCCAAAUGGACCCCUACGCCCUAUACACUUGUGGAGAUCUGAGUGGAUUUGACAGGUCUUAGUAAUAUAAACUCCACUAGGCUAGGUGGAAGCUUAUGCCAAUCAAAUCUGCUCCCAUCUCCACAAGUGCGUAGGGAUUUGGGAUGGGGCCUCUGACUUCAUUUUGGGAAUAAUAACAAAUGGAAACAUGGGGCCUGUUUGAUACAUGCUACAUGACAGGAGUCACUAGUAGUGGAAGACAUAAGUAACUCAGCACUGUUCUCUCUGACUUGUAUUAUAAUACUGCUGUACACUCCUGUUUUUUGUUGGUGUUGACUUUUUAAAUUAAUGUAUGUUCUGUAAGA